GUUGCUUAGACCCAGCAUGUUCUCCAUCGUGGUACCUUCUUCUUGUCAUCUGUCUUAGGCACAUUCCCUUUACAAAGUCUAUUCCCGCUGUCUUUAUCAUGGGCCUCUUUCGUCGUUCUAAACAUUCGGGCUCUGAUGAAGUAGACGGAUCUGGUAGAGGACGUUCACCAGCUCCGACGUCCGGUCCUCGAGCUGGGCAUUCGGGCUCAGCUCCAACCCCACCAGCCGGAUCUGGUAUUAGUUAUGCGGGCGUAGCGGCAUUACCCCGACCGGGUGCUGGACAUUCUGGCUCAGCUCCACCGCCCGGUUCGCGUGCCGGGUCUUCAGGCUCAGCUGCACCCCCACCAGCUGGACCUGGUGAUGGGCACUCCGGCUCAGCUCCACCUGGGUACACACCUCCUGACCGGACGCACACAAACUCGUCGCAUUAUAGUUUCGAUGGAAUCCAGUGGAUAAAAAACGACCCCGAUGCUCAAACCUGGAUGUACGCAAGAGAGGCGAGAGCGCAACAAGCUGGUCUGCCUGCAGGUCGGGCGCCUCCGGGCACCAAGUAUCCUUCAGCUACUGGAACACAGAAGAGCUUGAACUCUCGACUCCAGGCACUAGGACCCGUAAUGGGCCUAUGUGGCUUCACCAUCCACUUAUUCCUGGCACCUCAACUCCCUGGACCUCUGGGAGGCCAGGAGGAGUCCGGAGCAUGUACACCGCCGGAGACCCAAGUACAUUCGAUGUUGCGUUCCAUGACCCGAGAAAGCCCCGCACAGGACCGUUUGAAGCAUUUACGCUGGCGGAAUACCGCCCGGCAGUUCCGCCGCCGCCAACCACCUGAUUGCAAGCUUUUGUGGUGGACAAGCUCUGUGUUGUCCUUGUUUUUCUUGAGCCAUUGCACCACUGUCAUUGGGAUUGUUACUGUCGUCGUUGUCCUUAUUGUUCUUAAUUUUGAUUAAUGUCUACCAGGACUUGCGGAUUUCUUGAAGCCGGGAAGGGAGGAUCCGUCCUCAGGGAAGUCGCGGCAAGUGUGCAGACGGCGUUUGUCCAACCAUUGUCAUUCCGGG